AUGGUGACAAUGGCGAACCCCGAUUCACAAACGACAGAAUUAGACCGUGAAUAUCUCGAUACGGUUACAGUUCAGGGCCGUGAGUAUCAGAAAUAUUCGAUCGAUCAUCAUACGUACUUUGGACCGGUCGAUGAGGAAGAAGCACAACGACUCGAAGACGAGCAACAACUUUUCCAAAGAAUUUUCGACAAUCGUCUGAUCUUCCCACCAAUCCGUCGACUGAAAAGAGUUCUGGACUGUGGGCAUGGAUCCGCAUCCUGGGCCGUUGAUGUUGCUGAGCAGAAUCCUGAUUGCGAGGUCAUCGGCGUAGACAUUUCCCCCCACAUGAGUCCAGACGACAUGCCUGACAACUUGUGGCUCCAGGUCGAUGACUUGAACCGCCGUUUCACCUUUCCUGCAAAUCAUUUCGACCUUGUUCACUCUAGACUCCUUGCGACCGGCAUUAACCGAUCCCGAUGGCCAUCCUAUCUUCGUGACAUAGUCAGGUGCGAAUCCCCCAGAGCAGGUUAA